UAAAGAUAACUUAUUUUCAGAGUAUCUUGAGCUACAACGGAGGCUGCGUGGUGGCCAUGAAGGGCAAGAACUGCGUGGCUAUUGCGUCUGACCUCAGAUUUGGUGUCCAGCUUCAGACCAUUGCUACUGACUUUGAGCGCGUGUUCGAGGUGGGGCCAAACCUGUACAUUGGCCUGCCCGGCCUCGUGACCGACACGCAGACCGUUGCCCAGAAACUCCAGUACCGCACCAAAAUGUAUGAGAUGAGAGAGGGAAGACAAGUGCGGCCACAGACGCUGAUGGCGAUGGUGCAGAACCUGUUGUAUGAGCGCCGCUUUGGCCCGUACUUUGUGGAGCCCGUCAUUGCCGGCAUUGACCCGUCCACCAACGAGCCUUUCAUUUGCGCCUUUGACCUCAUCGGCUGCGCGUCGACGCCUGGCGACUUCUGCGUCGCUGGUACGUGUGAAGAGAACCUGUUCGGCAUGUGCGAGACGCUGUGGCGGGAGGACCUGGAGCCAGAGGACCUGUUUGAAGUGAUCAGCCAGAGUUUGGUGAACGCCUUCGACAGAGACGCGUCCUCAGGCUGGGGGGCUGUCGUGCAUAUCAUUGAGCCUCACCAGGUCACCACUCGGCGGCUUAAGUGCCGGCAGGACUAAAGGACUCAAGCAAUUCCCCUUAAUUAUUUCAGUUGUAGCAGAGUAUUUUUUCUUAUGAGGUUCUCUAAUUCUAAUCUCAUUUGGAUUUUUGGGGGUGCCACGAUAUUUUUUCUUAUUACUUCGUAGGGUUUCCAUCUUUAUUUGUAUGCAAACUUGAUUAUUUAUCACUAUUAUAUACAUUCACUUCCUUUUUGUUGAGUAAAGCUCUCACUUGAAUUUUUUUGCGAUCGUAACUUCUAGGAUGACGAGAUUGUAUGAUUGUGUGUGGAUGCCUGAAUGCCUUCACACAAGAUGCAGGGAGCUUUGGCUUUAACAGGAAUCAUUCUGUAUAAAAAAAUUUUUCCAAGCUAAUAUCGUUGUAAUUGAAUUUGUAGGCGACUGUUUCAGCUGCUAGGAAGGACGGUUCUAAUAUUGCCUAUGGUUCAAUCUAGUUCAUGCAGAGAAUCCCCAGCCUAGUUGCUUGCUUUGAACUCGUGACAGUUUGUUACAUUCUGGGCGCUUCUAAAUUGAUAUUAUGAGGUUUUGUACUCAAGAAAAAAAUGAAUAACAGAGCACUGCCAGCAAAACAUUGCUCAUUUUAUUGUUUUAGUUCUUUAUUUUGAAUGAAUUUUUUCUCAACUGCGCCGUGAACCUCUAGACCGAGCUGCGCCCUCUUAAAAAUGUUUUAGCUUCGAUUCCCAUUAUUAAAAUUUAUUCAUAUUUUGCACUAUUUUCUUUUAUCAUUGUUUCAAAGCUCAUAUGACCAAAAACUCGUUGGAAAUAUCUUGAGCCAUGCCUUCUUUAAUGUAGGGAAGAAGCCUAGGUCUAUAAUGCUAUAUCAGGCCUAUAAUGUUAUACUAGGCCUAUAAUGUUAUACUAGGCCUAUAAUACUACACUAGGCCUAUAAUGCUACACUAGGCCUAUAAUGCUACACUAGGCCUAUAAUGCUAUACUAGGCCUAUAAUGCUACACUAGGCCUAUAAUGCUACACUAGGCCUAUAAUGCUAUACUAGGCGCCAGAACCUCGUGCUUAUAUGCUGUCUGCAGGUGACAUGACGCGGCUCUUGUCUGCCGAUAAUAAACGAGCUUGCCUGGUG